CUGUGCACCCAGCACGAGUGGCCGUCUGUGUGCCCCCCUUCCAUGCUGCUGCCCCUGAUGCUGGUCCCCCCCCCGGAUGCUGUGGAGACCAUCACUUCUGAGGAAUCCCAGCCUUUCACCUGCCUUGACGGUUCCUCCACCAUCGCCUUUGAGUGGGUCAACGACGACUAUUGCGACUGUCGCAACGGCUCUGACGAACCUGGGCCCUCAGCCUGCCCCAAUGGCCAUUUCCACUGCACCAAUGCUGGGUACCGACCCCAGAACAUCCCCUCUGCCCACGUCAAUGAUGGCGUCUGUGCCCCCCUUCCAUGCUGCUGCCCCUGAUGCUGGUCCCCCCCCCGGA